CGACAAAGUGUUAUGUCAUUACGAGGCGGCGCUUCCGGUCGUGCUGUCGGUGGACAGUAGCGCGUACGGCGUAGGCGCAGUACUCGCACACGUCUUCCCUGACGGCUCAGAGCGUCCGAUCAGCUGCGCCUCUAGGACGCUUUCGGACGCCGAAAAGAAUUAUAGUCAAUUAGAUAAAGAGGCGCUCGCUAUUAUGUACGGGGUGCAAAAACACCAUCAAUAUUUAUUCGGUAGGAAAUUUACACUAAAAACGGAUCACAAACCGUUGGUGUAUAUUUUUGGCCCUAAAGGCUGCAUUCCACAGACUGCGGCGAGCAGGUUACAACGUUGGGCCGCCAAACUAGCCGCUUACGAUUUUAAAAUCGAUUUUGUGAAAUCAAAGUGCAACGGCAACGCCGACGCGUUGUCGCGCUUACCGUUAGAGGGACACGGCAUUGACGGCGCAUCGCCUGCGCCGGAUAAACAUUAUUUACUGUACGUAGAUGAUACAUUACCAGUUAAUUUUAAAGAAAUAGCGUUAGAAACUAGUAAAGAUAAUUUAUUAAGUAGGAUUUUCGGUUAUAUUAUGUUUGGAUGGCCGGGACAGUGUGCAGAGGACGAAAAGGUUUUUUAUGUAAGGCGCGCAGAUUUGUAUAUUGAUCACGGCUGUAUUUUGUAUAAAUAUCGUUUAGUGAUACCGGAAACCUUACAAAAACGAGUGUUGGUAGAAAUUCAUGAUGGGCAUUUAGGUAUUGUAAAAAUGAAGUCUAUUGCUAGGAAUUAUAUUUAUUGGCCGGCGCUGGAUAAAGACAUUGAGUCUAUCGGGAAUAAGUGCGAGGCGUGUCGCAGCGUACGCGACGCCCCCCCGCGCGCCACUCUGCAUCCCUGGGAGUUUCCCGCCGCGCCCUGGCAGCGGCUGCAUGCUGACUUUGCCCAGUUGCACGGCAAAUAUUAUAUUAUCGUAGUGGAUGCUCAUAGUAAGUGGCUCGAGGCGGAGGAAAUACGUAGCACAUCGGCAUAUCACACAAUAAAGUUUUUUAGAAGUUUAUUUGCGAGAUUUGGCUUACCCGAAAAAUUAGUUACGGAUAACGGACCUCCGUUCCAAAGCGCAGAAUUUAAGGAAUUCUGUGAUAGGAAUAUGAUAAGGCACGUAACGUCUUCGCCCUAUAGACCGCAAG